AUGAUCACCUAUCAACCUCUAUUUUACCCAUUCAAUGAGACUUCGGCAGUCGACCAGAGUGGCUCGGUAGGAUGGAUGGCAGGAUACCGGAGCCUGCGAACACGAAGUCGGCCACCACUGAAAGAAGUCAAGCAGCAUUGCGAUCGAUGGAUGGCGGAGUGGGAAGCAGGUCGGACGCCGAAGCUCCCACAGGACGAGCGCGAGGAAGCCGAGGAGCCUUCGAAGGGAACAGCACAGGACGGGGAGGAAGACGGAGGAGGCUGGACGGUCGUCUCUCGUGGUGGACAACACGGCCGCUCGGCCACUGCUACCACCACCAUCUCCACUCAGCCUCAAAGCAAACCUCGAGGGGCUGAUCCGUACGCUCAAUCCUCAAUGGCCGAUAGGGAUGCUUCUGCCGCCGUCAAAGUCAUGAAACGUAACUUCGCCAAAACUCUCUCUGAGCCCGAACUCGCCGACGAGGAAUCUUCUUCUAAGAAGAAGCGAAGAGGCGGACAACUGAACAUCGGCUUCUAUCGCGGUCUGUGA